UCAUUCGCAAUUUUAAUAUGCACCACUACAGACUUGACAAUCAUUAGCACACAUCUGAUUCAUCUUGGCUCUUUGGUUGGAUGAUUGUUUGAUGUUUGUUUGGAGGUGAAAGUUGAUGGUGGUCAUGGAGGGAGAACAGGGUUCGCCAUCUUACUACAGCAUUCUUGGAGUUUCUAUGGAUUCUUCUGUGGAAGAGAUAAGGCGCGCCUAUCACCGGCUUGCCAUGGUAAGUAAUACGAGCUUAAUUUGCUCUGCUUCUGGGUAGGUACGAAAUCUGUUGAAUCUCAAGAACCAAGAUUUUGGUUCUUGGGUACUGGGUUUUGUGUUGUUCUUUGUGGGAAAUUGAUGAAUUGGGAAGCAAAUUUGUUUGUGUUGCUUUGGUGUAGCAAUGGCAUCCGGACAGGUGGACAAGAACACCUUCUCUUCUGGGUGAAGCAAAGCGCAGGUUUCAGCAAAUCCAAGAAGCCUAUUCAGGUAGGUUGCAUUAAAAUUUCUAUUGCCAAGAAGAUAGUGUUUUAUGUUUUGAUUUUUCUUAAAAAUUCACUUGAUUAUGGGUUUUUUUUUUUAUGGUUUUCAACAUGUUUUUCUGUGACAGUCUUAUCGGACCAUAGGAAGAGAAUUCUCUAUGAUGCUGGAUUGUAUGACCCUGAAGAUGAAGAGGACGAGGAAUUUUGUGAUUUUGUAAAUGAAAUGAUGUCUAUGAUGGCACAAACAAGGAAAGAGGAAAAAUAUUAUAGCAUGGAGGAGUUACAAAGAAUGUUCAUGGAAAUGGCACAAGGAUUUGAUAUGGCAUCUUGGUUACCAAUUGAGAACUCAGGAAGAUCACAGAUGAUGCAGUGUAAUUCGAUUCCCAUGGUGGACUGGCAAUCUCAUUUAGGUGCAUCAGAGUUUGAGGUGUAUAGAACAAGCAGUUCCUAUAGCUAAUUGAUUACUUGUCAGGUAAUACAAUAGACAAGAAAGAUGAAAAUGGGUCCUUGCAUGAGUUGGUGAGCUAUGGAAAAGGUCUUGGGAUUUUGUUUGAGUGAUGAGUGUGUUCUCUGGCUAUAGGUUGGAGCUAAGUUGUGAUUGAGUCAGGAUGUAGAUUUGAAUGUUUGUUAGAUCAGACUUGCCUUGAUCAACCUUUUUCUCCCAUCACGUCUAAAAAACUUCUAAUGGAAAAAAUUAUCAAAUUAAUGCCAACAGCUUUUAGUUCUCUCUUGUUUUCUAAAGGCACAUACCAAUCUAUGAUACAAUCACCCGCAGAGUUGAUAUCAGUGGUGGAGAAAAAAUAAGAGCUGCCUCGCUUG